AUGUCCCCUGCAGGUCUAAACGGCACGAAUAGUGCUUCCAGUGCCAAUGGCCAGGUGAACAUUGAGGACUUGGGCCACGUCGAGACUCCCAAGGUCGAGGGAACAUGGACCGUGGAGAAGGCUUUGGGAAUCUCUCCAGGGACCGCAGCACCUACAGAGGCCGGCUCACCGCUCCCGUACUUCCACCUGAUUGAGCGCCUGAAGACCACAAAGCGUGAGGGUUGGCGCCGCUUCGGCAUCGCAAGAGGAGAGUCCAUCGCCGACCACAUGUAUCGCAUGUCACUCCUGUCGAUGCUCGCCCCGCCCGCUCUUGCACCCCGUCUCGACCUCGCGCGAUGCAUGAAGAUGUGCCUGAUCCACGAUAUGGCCGAGUCUCUGGUUGGAGACAUCACGCCCGUCGAUGGCGUCCCGAAGUCCGAGAAGAACAGGCGCGAGGCCGAGACGAUGGACUACAUUACGAAUAACCUGCUCGGUAGCGUCUACGGUGGGAUCCCGGGGGCCGAGAUCCGCGAGAUCUGGCAAGAGUACGAGGACUCCCAGACUCUGAACAGUCACUACGUACACGAUCUGGACAAGAUGGAGCUGCUUCUCCAGAUGAUUGAGUAUGAGAAACGUGGCCAGGGCAAACUCGAUUUGGGCGAAUUUGCCUACGUUGCAACCAAAUUCAUAUUGCCCGAAACCAAGGAAUGGGCGGAUGCGCUGCUGAAGGAGCGAGAGCAGUUCUGGGGCAUCCAGCAUCACGUUCAUGGCGAGGCCGGCACCGAGGGCGGCGUCCAGGAGGAAAGGCAACAGCAGCAAGAUGAUUACUACGAACGCUAA